CCAUAGAAUCAACAUAGGGGAUUUCUUUCAACACAAAAAAUAGCUCACCGUCUCUAUAUAGUGGACUGCUGGCAAUACACCACACUUUGACUCUCUCUUGAUUGGUUUGUCAUACCUGAAGAAUGAUGACUGUAUUGAAGACCGCAAUACUGCUUCUGAUGCUGUGCUGUGCUGUACAACUUAGUACCUCAGCUGGUCCUCUUGCGGAUGAUUUAGCAAAAAGUGUCUGUUGCUUUAGUGUAAACAAUGUCAAAAUUCCUAAGAAAAAGCUGGAGUCUUAUCGUUGGACAAGUAGCAGUUGCCCCCUUAGACACAUUGUGUUCGAAACAGUCAAGAAGAGACAAUUCUGUAUGAACCCUGAAAAUAGCUGGGCCAAGUUGAACAAAAACCACAUAGACAAGAAAAGGGCUUCAAAAUCAUCAAAAUGAAACUUGGAAGAAAUGUUCUACAUGUAGACACACACACAUACACCCCCAUAUAUAAGUACAAUUGUAAAAUAAACCUGUAAUAUUGAAUUGUAACAUUAUUAUUGUAAUAUUAUUCAAAUGUUUUGAUCUCAUUAUCUGUGUCAAAAAUAAACAUACUGAUAUGAACUUUAAAUGAGCUGUAUUACUAAUAUUAGAGAAUAGUGCAUAGAAGUUGUCAUAUGUUAAGAUUUUCUUCAUUGUCCAUUAUUAAAUUAUCUGCAUUUUUAUUUACUAUUUGCUUACUGAUGUACUGUACUUAACAGUUUAGGUAACUUAACAGUUUUAUUAGAUUCUGUCAGUUAGUUUUGCCAAAAUGUACAAAUAUUUCAAUAAAAAAACAUGUAUUUUGAUUUUAAA